UCCCAUCCGCGCGGGUCGCAAGCGCGUCGGCAGAACGCAACUCACUACAAGUCUUUCGAAUUUUGUAAAAAAAAAAUUUCGAUUCCUUUUUUAAAUAACCCGCCAUUCAGUUUUAUGAGUUUUGUUUUUACAUAGACCGAGUUACGGCCAGUACCUACAAACUUUCACAAAGUUUGUUUAAAAGUUUUACUUAUUUUUUAUUUUGUGUUUUUGAAUUAUUUUAUGGACACAUUGUUGUUAUUCUUUGUUUCUGUGUUUAUGGUUUAACAGUGUUUAUGUUGCAAAUUAUUUGAAAUGUUAUGAGAGCUUUUGUUUUUUGGAGUUUUGCGGUGGUUUUGUGGGGUGUGGAAUUUUUUUGAAGUGUUCGGGGAGGAAUUUUGUACGUGGCUUUAUAUAAACAAUAAAGCACCAUGAAUUUUUGGAAAGUUCUGUGUGCAAUAUUGUUGCUGCUGCAAGCUGUAUCGGCCAACUGGUGGAACUUGGCUGCUCCAAUCCGACCUGCUUCGAACAAUAGCACAUCAUUGGAGACAUUCACAACACUGCAUAAGGAGAGCUGUCAUAGAUUAGAGUACUUGGUCGAAAGACAGAAGCAGUUAUGCAUGCUGUCUGAUAAAAUGGUUCAGGUGUUACAAACGGGAGCGAUGCAAGCGGUGGAGGAAUGUCAGCACCAAUUUAGGAACAGUCGGUGGAACUGCAGUACUGUUGAAAAUUCCACUGAUAUAUUUGGCGGAGUACUGAAAUUUAAAUCUCGUGAAGCAGCGUUCGUCCACGCGCUGUCGUCAGCUGCGUUGGCCCACUCAGUGGCCAGAGCGUGUAGUCGGGGCGAACUCAAUGAGUGUUCGUGUGAUGCGAGAGUGAGGAAGCGGACUCCACGGCAUUGGCAAUGGGGAGGGUGUUCUGAGGAUAUAAGAUAUGGAGAAAUGUUCAGUCGCGAUUUUGUUGAUGCCAAAGAAGAUAAGGAAACUGAUGAAGGGCUGAUGAAUUUACAUAAUAAUGAAGCGGGACGUCGGGCGGUCCGUGGCCGCAUGCAGCGUGUAUGCAAGUGCCACGGCAUGUCGGGCUCGUGCUCCGUGCGCGUGUGCUGGCGUCGCCUGCCGCAGUUACGGCUUGUUGGUGACGCGCUCACUACGCGGUAUGAAGGCGCGUCGCAUGUAAAGGUGGUAGAGCGGAAAAGGGGCAAAAAUAUAAGAAAGCUGCGACCGAUACACUCUGAUAUGAAGAAGCCUAAUAAAACUGAUCUUGUUUAUCUCGAAGAUUCGCCUGAUUACUGCGAACCUAAUGACGAGCUGGGUAUCCUGGGCACGCGCGGGCGCACGUGCAACCGCACGUCGGCGGCGCUGGACGGGUGCCGGCUGCUGUGCUGCGGGCGCGGCUACCAGACGCGCGUGCGCGACCACGAGGAGAAGUGCCGCUGCCGCUUCGUGUGGUGCUGCCGCGUGCACUGCGAGCUCUGCAGGUCCAAGCGGGACCAUCAUGUGUGCAACUAGCUUCGAGAUGUUACAGUAAACAGUUGUCACAGUAAACAGGUAUGAACA